AUGUUCGCCUCACGUCUCUCCAGAGCUCUUCCCCGAGCUACCCCCUUGGCCGCUCGCCAGGCCGCCUUCAGAGCCCCUUUGGCAUCCAGAUUCGCCCGCUUCGAAUCGACUGCCGCCGAGGGUGAACAGAAGGUUCAGGGUUCCGUCAUUGGUAUCGAUCUCGGUACCACUAACUCUGCCGUCGCCAUCAUGGAGGGCAAAGUCCCUCGCAUCAUUGAGAACUCCGAAGGUGCCCGCACAACUCCCUCCGUCGUCGCUUUCGCCGAGGAUGGUGAGCGCCUUGUUGGUGUCGCCGCCAAGCGCCAGGCCGUCGUCAACCCCGAGAACACUCUCUUCGCUACCAAGCGUUUGAUCGGUCGCAAGUUCACCGACGCUGAGGUUCAGCGCGACAUCAAGGAGGUCCCUUACAAGAUUGUCCAGCACAGCAAUGGCGACGCCUGGGUCUCUGCUCGCGACCAGAAGUACUCUCCCUCUCAGAUUGGUGGCUUCGUCCUCAACAAGAUGAAGGAGACCGCCGAGGCCUACCUCUCCAAGCCCAUCAAGAACGCCGUCGUCACUGUCCCCGCUUACUUCAACGAUGCCCAGCGCCAGAGCACCAAGGAUGCUGGCCAGAUUGCCGGCCUCAACGUCCUCCGUGUUGUCAACGAGCCUACCGCCGCCGCUCUCGCCUACGGUCUUGAGAAGGAGGCUGACCGUAUUGUCGCUGUCUACGAUCUUGGUGGUGGUACAUUCGAUAUCUCUAUCCUUGAGAUUCAGAACGGUGUCUUCGAGGUCAAGUCCACCAAUGGUGACACCCACCUUGGUGGUGAGGAUUUCGAUAUUCACCUGGUCCGUCACAUGGUUGCCGACUUCAAGAAGACCUCUGGCCUCGACCUCUCUGGUGACCGCAUGGCUAUCCAGCGUAUCCGUGAGGCUGCUGAGAAGGCCAAGAUCGAGCUUUCCUCCUCUCUGCAGACCGACAUCAACCUUCCUUUCAUCACUGCUGACGCUUCCGGUCCUAAGCACAUCAACAUGAAGCUUAGCCGUGCUCAGCUGGAGAAGAUGGUUGACCCUCUCAUCACCCGUACUAUUGAGCCCGUUCGCAAGGCUCUCAAGGAUGCCAACCUCCAGGCCAAAGAGAUUCAGGAGGUCAUCCUCGUCGGUGGCAUGACCCGUAUGCCUAAGGUUGCUGAGUCCGUCAAGGGCAUCUUCGGUCGUGAUCCCGCCAAGUCGGUCAACCCCGACGAGGCUGUUGCCAUUGGUGCCGCUAUCCAGGGUGCUGUCCUCUCUGGUGAGGUCAAGGACCUUCUUCUGCUCGAUGUUACUCCCCUCUCUCUCGGUAUUGAGACCCUCGGCGGUGUCUUCACUCGUCUGAUCAACCGCAACACCACCAUCCCCACCAAGAAGUCCCAGGUCUUCUCCACCGCUGCUGAUUUCCAGACUGCUGUCGAGAUCAAGGUCUACCAGGGUGAGCGUGAGCUCGUCAAGGACAACAAGCUCCUCGGCAACUUCCAGCUCGUCGGUAUCCCCCCUGCCCACCGUGGCGUUCCCCAGGUUGAGGUUACUUUCGAUAUUGACGCCGACUCUAUCGUCCACGUUCACGCCAAGGACAAGUCCACCAACAAGGACCAGUCUAUCACCAUUGCCUCUGGCUCUGGUCUCUCUGACAACGAGAUCCAGCAGAUGGUUGAGGACUCGGAGAAGUAUGCCGAGGCUGACAAGGAGCGCAAGCUUGCCAUCGAGGCUGCCAACCGCGCCGACUCUGUCCUCAACGAUACUGAGCGUGCCCUGAACGAGUAUGCCGACAAGCUCGACAAGACCGAGGCCGAUGGUAUCAAGGAGAAGAUCACUGCCCUCCGUGAGUUCAUCGCCAAGAGCCAGUCCGGCGAGGGCGAGGCCACUGCCACCGAAAUCAAGGAGAAGACAGACGAGCUCCAGGUUGCCAGCCUGAAUCUUUUCGACAAGAUGCACAAGGCCCGCAACGAGGCCAACUCUGGUGAGCAGGCUUCUGGUGAGCAGCAGUCGACCGAGGGCGAGAAGAAGGAUGAGAGCAAGCCUUAA